GCAUCAAUCCAGCGAUCUACAACUCAAUACUGCAUCCAAACCUCUUCUCCAAAGUAUAUAUCUACAAAUACCCACCGCAAAAAUGCAACUCACAACCCUCGCCCUCCUCCUCGCAACCGCAACGGCCGCAGUCGCCAUCCCCACGGAGUCCCACCAACCUCCCCCAGUCUGCAACACCUGCAACCCGCUCUCUGGCCAAAACCACUGCGACAUCACGACCUCGUGCAUCAACACCGGCACGCGCUUCCACUGCGCCUGUCGCGCGGGCUACAAGGCCUCCGCCGACAACAACGACAUCAGGAAGCAGUUCCGCCUCAACAUGCCGGACUAUAAGUUCUUGGUGUUUACGCCGGAGUCGACCGAGUGUAAUACGCUUUGCAAUAAUCCUUAUGGGGCGGGUCCGGAUCUCUGUGCCGAGGUGCCUGUUAGGGAUAGGUGUUCUGUUUAGAGGCUGCCUGGCUUAUCCCUGAUUGACUGUCCCGUCUUGGUAUGGGAGGGAAGGGGGUUGGUUGGUGGUGUGUUGGGUAUGGACGUGGAGAAUGAAUCCAUGAGUCUGGUGUUUGGUUCAGAUCGG